CGAUCUCGUAGCUCCCCUUCCCCUCCCUCCUCCUCCCGGGCUCCCGCUGCAGCGUCAGCCUCUGUCCGGCCUCGGUGGCUGCGGCGGCCCCAGUACCUCGGCUUCAGCCCGGGAGCUUCUUGGCGCCCCUCGGCCCCGAUCCGCAGCGCCGCGCAUCCUCGCCGCCCCGGCGCCGGCCUAGGCCGCGGCCGCAGCCCCGGGCUCGCGUCGGCGCCGCCCGCUCCCGGCCCGCCCCCUAUGGGCCCCGGCUAGAGGCGCCGCCGCCGCCGCCGGCCCGCGGAGCCCCGAUGCUGGCCCGGAGGAAGCCGGUGCUGCCGGCGCUCACCAUCAACCCCGCCAUCGCCGAGGGCCCGUCCCCCACCAGCGAGGGCGCCUCCGAAGCAAACUUGGUGGACCUCCAGAAGAAGCUCGAGGAGCUAGAACUCGACGAGCAGCAGAAGAAGCGGCUGGAAGCCUUCCUCACCCAGAAGGCCAAGGUCGGGGAGCUUAAGGACGAUGACUUCGAAAGGAUCUCGGAGCUGGGAGCCGGAAACGGUGGGGUGGUCACCAAGGUCCAGCACAGACCGUCGGGCCUCAUCAUGGCAAGAAAGCUGAUCCACCUGGAGAUCAAGCCGGCCAUCCGGAACCAGAUCAUCCGCGAGCUGCAGGUGCUGCACGAGUGUAACUCGCCGUACAUCGUGGGCUUCUACGGGGCCUUCUACAGCGACGGCGAGAUCAGUAUUUGCAUGGAGCACAUGGACGGUGGCUCCCUGGACCAGGUGUUGAAAGAAGCCAAGAGAAUUCCCGAAGAGAUCCUGGGGAAGGUCAGCAUCGCGGUGCUGCGGGGCCUGGCAUACCUCCGGGAGAAGCACCAGAUCAUGCACCGAGACGUGAAGCCGUCCAACAUCCUGGUCAACUCCAGAGGGGAGAUCAAGCUGUGCGAUUUCGGGGUGAGCGGGCAGCUCAUCGACUCCAUGGCCAACUCCUUCGUGGGGACGCGGUCGUACAUGUCUCGCCCCUCCGUCUCCCUCGGGCCGUCUCUCCCCGUCUCUUCGCAGCCGGAGAGGCUGCAAGGCACCCACUACUCGGUGCAGUCGGACAUCUGGAGCAUGGGCUUGUCCCUGGUGGAGCUGUCCAUCGGGAGGUACCCCAUCCCCCCGCCGGACACCAAGGAGCUGGAGGCCAUAUUUGGCCGGCCCAUGGUCGACGGCGCGGAAGGAGAGCCUCACAGCAUCUCGCCGCGGCCGAGACCCCCCGGACGCCCCGUCAGCGGUCAUGGAAUGGACAGCCGGCCGGCCAUGGCGAUCUUUGAGCUGCUGGACUACAUCGUGAACGAGCCUCCUCCCAAGCUGCCCAACGGUGUUUUCACCCAGGACUUCCAGGAGUUUGUAAAUAAAUGCCUAAUUAAGAACCCAGCAGAGCGAGCAGAUCUGAAGAUGCUCAUGAACCACGCCUUCAUCAAGCGGUCCGAGGUGGAAGAAGUGGAUUUUGCCGGCUGGUUGUGUAGAACGCUGCGGCUGAACCAGCCCAGCACGCCCACGCGCACCGCCGUGUGACGGUCCCGCCCCCGACAGACCCGCCCCCUUCAGGGAUGCACGCGUGGCCCUCGGGCCCUGGGAGGCCAGUGCCGCUGUGCUGUCUUCUCAGAACCUGCUUCCUUAGGUUUAAAGGAGAAACCAAAACAAAACAGGGAAAAGAAAAAAGCAACCGUGCCCGCUGUGCUUCUGUCCCUCGCCCGUGGGGUGGCAGCCCCCAUCCAGCCCGGGGUGGGCGCCUCCGCGAGGGCGGCCUGACCCCCGAGAGGUGGGGGCGGCGGCGGGCACUGGCUUGGCUCCUUUCCGAGGAGGGACCCCCGGCCGCUGGCGACUUUCACCAGAAGGGGGGGGCUGUCACCUGGGGGUGGGGGUGUGCCCCCCGCCUGGCGUCUGCCCCUCGGAGGUGGCCCUCCUGGCCCAGAAGAGCCAUCGGGCCCGGCGGCUUUUGGGAGGUCCCCUCUCCCACCCUCCCCCGGGUGCUUCAGCCUCUGGCCACGCAGCCUGUCCUCAGCAGAGUGUGACCUGCCCCCGAGAGGGACCCUCUCGUCCUUGUGCUUCGGGCAGCAGACGCUCUGACAUCUCGCAGCAGCCUGAGCUGACACUCGCUCGGCGGAAAGGAAGCCUUGGGUUUCCAAGCUGUCGUGUGGUUGAAACCCCAGCAGAUCUGCAGAUAAGGCCUGCUCCCCCACCCCUGCAGGCCCACAGAUGUGGGCGGGUGGCUCUGUGUCACCUCCGCCGGCCCAGCAAAUCAGAAGUGACCACCCAGGGCACGUCACUCUCUCGGGCCUUGAACCGUUCAGCCGCAGCCGAUUGGAAGUGAGAUGGCAGGGUUGAGGCUGUCCUGGCUCCUGGGGUCCGUUGGGGUGUCCAGCCAGGCCCCCUGCUGUAGCCUGCAUUGGGGCCCGAGGCCCGAGACCCAGCCUUUCCACCUUCAGGGCUGAACCACCUCCAAUGGAGAAGGCCGCCUGUGGGCCGUCGGGCAGUAGGAAGUGGUGGAGGGCAGGGCUGCUUCUAAGGCUUCCCCUCCUCCAGGCUCUCUGAAGAUGAAGCUUCGAGCCUCCCCCCAACCCCAGUACUUCCUGAAGGCUUGAAACGAGCCGAUAUUUAUGGGUGAUAAAUUGCAGAGGAGGGGUUCUCCGAGAGCAGUGGGCCUGGUGCAAGCCACACUGGCCCUGCAUUUCUGGAGAAGGUACAGAAGAAGGCGGGGGCUUGUGGCCCUGUGGGAACUGCUGGAUCCUUUUCUUCUUAGGGAGACCCUGUGGUCACGAAGGAGAAGACAAGUUGGUAGCUCUUCCAACCAGCUUUCCAGGUUUCUGCCACUUCAUAGUUGCCCCCAAAGUCUCACCUGACUUAGAAAAGAAUAAAAAAGA